AUCCCUCUCCUCUCUCGUCACCUUUAAAAGCACAGUUCCCUACGUUUCUCUGCAACAUUCAUCUGCGGCUGCUAUUUCUAGAGAGAGAAAAUAUCAAACCCUUUUUAGAGAGAGAGAAAAUGACGAAGGAAGUGAGUGAAGAAGGACAGGUACAUCACCAUGGAAAGGACUACGUGGACCCACCACCAGCACCAUUGCUAGACAUGGGUGAGCUCAAGCUCUGGUCCUUUUACAGAGCUCUUAUCGCCGAGUUCAUCGCCACCCUUCUCUUCCUCUACGUCACCGUCGCUACCGUCAUCGGCCACAAGAAGCUCAACGCGGCCGACCAAUGUGAUGGCGUUGGCAUUCUCGGUAUCGCCUGGGCCUUUGGUGGCAUGAUCUUCAUCCUCGUUUACUGUACCGCCGGCAUCUCAGGUGGUCACAUAAACCCGGCUGUGACUUUUGGUUUGUUCUUGGCAAGGAAGGUA